AUGCCUAUACAACGUAAAAAACGCAACCUGAGGAAAAAGACCUUCGAUUCAGACGAUGACGAGAACAACAGCAUCCGCGAGCAAUCGCCCAGCGAGAUUAGUGAUACUAUCGAAGAGUUACAAGAGCUGCGACGAUUAAGACGUAAGCAUGGCGGCAUUGAUGUUGAAAAGCUGUCCAAAGGAGGCGACAAAAAGAAGAAAAAGAAGCCUGAUCAGCACGAUCCUUGGGGUUUGCAAAAGACGCUGGAUUCUGUUCGACGGGGUGAGGAAGAAGAGGGCACUGAAAAGAAACUUAAGCUUGACUCGUUCACAACACAGACCAAUGCCUUGGACGUCGACAAGCACAUGAUGGCUUACAUUGAGGAAGAGAUGAGGAAACGUCGUGGUGAAAACAAGGUGACCGAUGCUCCAGGUGGAUCUUCCAAGGGGGCUGUUGAGAAAAGGAAACGAGAUGGGCCUGUGGAUAUCUAUGAAGAAUUGUACCAAAUUCCGGAUCGAUUAAAGGUUGGACAAAAGCCUGUUGAAGAAGGUAGCAUGCAACUUUCGACACAAAUGUUGACAGCUAUUCCUGAAGUGGAUUUGGGCAUUGACGUGCGACUAAAAAAUAUCGAGGAUACUGAACGUGCAAAGCGGAAAUACAUGGAUGAAGAAGCGACAAAGGGGGAAGAGCCAGUAGAGGAAGAUGAAGUACCUGCCAACUAUGAAAAGCAAAUCGUCAAACCACAAAACAAGCGGACUGAUCGACGACAGAUGGCAUCUGAUGAAAUCGUAGCAGAACGUUUCAAGAAGCGUAUGCGUAAAUAG